CUUCCUGAAACACCGAGGGAGCGGGAGCGGAGGCGCCGUUCCUGUUGGAGCGCCGAGGAGACGCGGUGUUGGGGAGCUCAGGGCGUUGCGCGUGGGAAGUAGGAGGCAUUUUCAUUGGCUAAAAUGGGUUGCCGUGAUGUCCAUGCUGCAACGGUCCUAGCCUUUCUUUCUGGAACAGCUGCCUUAUCGGGACUCAUUGCUGCUGCCCUGCUUCCGAACUGGAGACAAAUGCGACUCUACACCUUUAACAAACAUGAAAAGAAUCUGACUGUUUACACUGGGCUCUGGAUUAAGUGUGUUCGCUCUGAUGGCAGCAAAGACUGUGUGAUUUAUGACACUGAAUGGUACACAGCAGUCGAUCAGUUGGACCUGCGCAUUCUGCAAUUUGCUCUUCCCAUAAGCAUGCUAACAACUGUCUUGGCGCUGUUUCUUUGUUUGAUUGGCAUGUGUAACACAGCCUUCAUCUCAACUGUGCCCAACAUCAAGCAGGCCAGAUGUCUCAUAAACAGUGCAGGCUGCCAUCUUGUGGCCGGCCUCUUCUUUCUUCUGGCCUGUGUCAUUUGUGUGACACCAUCUGUCUGGGUCAUUUUUCACAAUCAGGAACUGAACAAAAAAUACGAGCCUGUUUUCACCUUUGACAUCUCUGUGUACAUUGCUAUUGCCAGUGCUGGGGGCUUAUUGUUCACAGCCAUUCUCUUAUUCCUGUGGUACUGUGCUUGUAAAACACUACCUUCUCCUUUUUGGCAGCCUCUGUAUUCUCAUGCGCCCAGUGUGCAUAGCUAUGCCUCCCAGCCAUAUUCUGCAAGGUCUCGGCACUCAGCCAUUGAAAUUGACAUCCCAGUUGUAACACACACAACUUAAAAAUGUUAGGAAAGCCACAUGCCUGUUUACUCUCUCACAGGCAAGACACUACAGGUCAAGGGAAUGUUUUCCACUGCCUUGAAGACUUUUAAAAAUUAUUUGCAAAGGGUUUGUGCAAAGAAUUGCAUUGCAACUUUUACAACUUCUCUAUCUAGGUAUUGCAAAUAGGAAUGCAAUUAGGUGAACAAACCCUUAUAUUCAAAGCCCUAGUUGUUUUGGUUGGGAGCAAUUUGCAAGUUUCUAAGUCCUAUCGAAACUACUGGUGUUUAUACAUUCAUAGGUAAGUUAAAGUUUGGGACUUUUUUGCUUUUAUAAAUUUUAGAUGAGUUUUUUCCAUGAAUUGUACUAGUGAAGUAGAAAUCAACUGGUGUUUGUAAUCCAGCACAUGAAAUAUUUAUUUGUAAGAACUUCUUGUUACUCUAAAUGUUCACCUAACUCAAAACACCUUGAUUUUAAUAACCUACUUCAUUGAUAGCCAUUUUGUACUUUUGAAAACAUUACAUCCAUCCACCAUGUUGGCUCUACUUGUAUAGGAAUAGUUAACAAGCACAUUGAUUUUCUCUGCAUUACUGGAAUAGAAACUGAUAUAAUGAAUGUGAAAUCUUUACAUUUUACCAGUCCGCCAAGCAGUAGUUGAUGUACAAAGUCCUGCACCAGUUCAUGUUUUCUGUUGUACAUAUGCUAAAAUUAUCUGCUCUGAAUCCCACAGAAUUCUAGUCAGGAUGAUUCUUGAUCCCUGUGAGAACUGGAGAUCUAGAAGAAGCAUAAUAAUAGAUCCCCCCCUCCCGGCAAUUGUGUAAAUUGCAUUGUUUGGGAGGCUUUUGUUCUAGAGAAAAUAUUUUGUUAAAACUAUAUUUUUCUCUCUUUGAACACAGGAAGCAACCAAAAUUCCAUUUCAUUAAAGCAUACAUAGUAAAAUAUCAAUCAUCUAGGUAGCCUGAGGGUUACAAGUCUCCCAUAAUCGGAAAGGUAGAUGAGCAGAUUUAUAGCUGAAUUGGGUUCAUGGAAAAUUUGUUUGGUAGACAAAUUGUGGGAUGACCAAGAUUCCUUUACCUUUUAAAAUCAUAGAUAUUUUAGCCACAUGAAAAGGUAUGUACCACUCCUCAUCUGUUAUUUAAUGCUUACCAAAUUUUAGAUUGUUUUACUGCAUUAGAAUUAAUUUAAUGAUAAUUAAUUUGAAUGCCAAAUAAAUAUUAUUGAAAAUCAAAUUAAUAUCAGAGCGAGUAUUUUACUUUAAAAAAACAAGAACUCCUGGUUUUGUAGCUUGUCUUUAGGUUUAGGUUUUUAUAUUACCAACCUCACUCCUUUCUCAUUCAUUAGACAUGAGUUGUUUUCAUAUGGUAUAUUUUAGAUUUGAAGGUGUUUCUGUUUUCAUGAAUAAUGAGAAACUACAGAUAUCAAGGUUGGUAAUCAGCGAUAUGGAGCAUACAGUCUGUUUUCUUUUUUUUCCCAAGCAAAAAGUUCCCAAAUGGUUUUGAACAUAUUCUGGAACUUGAAUCUCUUGAAUGAAACUUGGCUAUAUGAAUUUGCUGGAACUAUAUAUUCUUAUGUAAUUAAGCAAGUAAAUUAGUAAUAUCUGAUCAAAACAAAGCACUAAUUUUUAUAGGGAGAAUUUCUAUAUCUUUCUAACUGGUUGCCUGGAACACUCCUAUUCCAGGAGAUGUACUACAGUACAGCUUAGGAAUGCUCAGGGUCUCAUUUACAAUAUGUAUUUCUCUAAUUCCAAGUGUUCUUUAUGGAUGCUUUUGCCAUAUUUGAAAUUCUGUGUAGUUUGAGCCUCUGGGAGCUUUAUUUUUAUUCAAUUAUUUCUUAGAAACAUUGAGUACUGUGGGGAUUAGGAACAUGGUAUUCAAUUGAUUUGAACACACAAACAACUGCUUUAUUUUUGCACUACAUCAAAUGCAACAGAGGUGCAUUCUGUUCAUUUGAAACAGUCACCAUUUGUGAAACUGACACACAGGUAUCCUUAAAGUAUGAGGCAGGUAUUAGCUUGUCUUCUCAGUUGAUGAAAUUGUAAAUGCUGAUGGUGCUAGAAUAUGGAAAAUCUGCUCUAGCUCUUUUCCAUUAGAGGUUAAGAAUCCGUCUGUUCAAUUGAAGAGCCUGUGACUUUGUUAUAAGCAAUUGUAUAAACAUGACGUGCAAUUCAGAUGACUUCCCUUCCUUCUGCUGUUCCUGUUCUUGGUUCACAUUGUGAAUUAUUUCUGACUGACAAGCAGCAUGUCUGCUUUGCCUUCUAAAUUAAGACAAUUACUUUAAUUAAUAAAAUAGAAAUUAAUUCUACUUUGAAGGCCCACUUUUCUUGAAUUUUGUUAAAUAUAUUUUGAUCAGAGUGUUUCUGUUACAGCCAGUUAAGUACUGAGAUGCAUUGAUACGAUUUUUUUUCUCAAUGAAACUGUUGCUUUUGAUCCCUCUUCUGAUCAACACCCCUCUGCCAAUGUCUCAAGAAACUUCAGUGAGUUUAUAGUGAUACAACAGAGCUGUUCUUUAGGGGUAAUAUCCCACUGUUAGAGACUUUUUGGACUGUGGCCAGUGUUUUUAAAUACUGGAACAUAAACGAAUGAAUUCUAUGGAAUGCAUCCAUAGAACAAUGCACUUUCAUUGGUUGGCUUAUGAUUUCACAUGUGUUGUUCUAUACUGAAGUCUUCUAUGAAAGACGGUCAUUUUAAAUGUUUGUAUUUUCAAAAAGAUAACUUUUAUUUUUUUCAGUUGGAGUAAUUUUCACUUCUCUGGGGCAAAUGUUUACUUAUGAAAGAUAAACUGCAAACCAAAUGUACUUGAUUUGUUGAUUUCUUUGUUGAUAAAAAGUUUAUCUAAAAGUACAUACUUUUCAAAUGUUGGUCCUGCUUGUACCUACAAAAGCUACUGGAUUUUAAUUUGGAUUUACAUUGUAAGCUGCCUCUUCUGCAACUUAUUUUGUUUAAUUUGUAUAAAUAGUGCAACUUGCCUAGCACAGAGCUGUCAGUGUGAAUCCUGCAUUUGCUUUAGAAAACACGUUUCUUGAUCUCUCUGCUUGUGCUUGGAUGAAAAUGUACUCUUUUUUUCAAGGUUACCUAUUGUAAAAUUCUGUUUCAGACUUUUAGUAAACAUUUGAUUUAGCUAUGCAUUUUUAUG